CUGGGCUCAGUAGUGGGAAGUCCGUGGUGCUGACUGGUGACCGUGGAGCGAAAUUAUCACUUUUUUCUUAGUCUCCUCUUACUAUAAUUCUAUAGUUUGCACUUGUACUUUGUACUUGUGAGUUGUGACUUCUGUUCCAUCGGUCACAUCCGAUUAAGUCUCGUCUACUUAUUCACUCUUCCUCUUCUGUCCUCCUUCAUUCAUUCCGUUGUAGUCCACCCAGACCAACCAAUAAUAUCCACUCCCACACACACACACAUAAACACACGCCAACUAUUCCAGUCUCUCUUGAGAAAAAUACAGAAAAUCUCAACUUCUUGGCAAAAGAGUCAGACGAGUUUGCAUACAAAAAAGAGAGAUUUGGACGGAAGAAAUUUCAUAUUUCCAUUUUCACAAAAAGCAAGGAAAAUUUUAAAAUACGAGAGAGUGACAAAAAAACAGCUCUGACUGCGUGUUCCAUAACCACAUUCAUUGUUGAUACGAGAAAUGCCAAAGUUUUGAAACAGAGGAGCUGUAAAGAAAGAAAGUAGAGAAGAAGCAGAAGAAAGCCGGCGUUUUCUCAACAUCAUCCUCUCAGCACGCGCUGGUUGUUUGACAUGAAGGGAAUUGUUAUUUGCUAAUUUUAUAUAAGAAACAACCUCAACAACAGAAUAAUAAGGCACAUGGCAUUUACAGACUGACAAAAAAAAGCGAAACAAAAUUCGUUGUACCUCUUUGCUACUACUACUGCUACUACAAUUUUCCUCACUGUAAUUACUUAUUCGCAUCCCGUUCAUAGUUUAUGAGAGAAACUGGAGCCAACAUCGCCGUAGGAGAUUACAUUACACGACUAGAGUGCAAGUGAUACAUUUUUUAAACUACUUUUUAAAAGUGUUCCGGAAAAUUUCUACAAAGUUUUCUCCUCCGCCGGACGGACAGUUUUUAAGGUGAACAAGCCGUUGUUCAAGUGUUAACAAGUGUCAACUCGCCCCAAUCCAUCCAUAACUCUACUAGUUUACUUUGCUGUAACUAAAUAUAAAUACAUACACUCUGACAACAACUCACAGGCUCUUGAAUUACCCUACCAGUUGAUUCUAUGUGUGGUUUGAACAGGUGAAUUAAUUUUCGAGAAAUUUACUGUUCAAAAUAUUCCCUAGAACAAAACAAGCUCUUCUCUUUCUCUCCACCAAAAUCCAGUCUUUUGGUAGUAGUGACUGGUUGAGUAAAUUCUAAUCAGUGAACGAGUCUCAAGUUCUGACUGACUGACUGUCAACUCAACCAACCAACCAAGAACUCUGUUUAGCUGCCAAUUGUCUUUGCCAAUUGUGCUCAUAAGCUUCCAAGUUUACCUUUGAAAUUUGAUAUCUUAAGUGAGCAAAACAAAACAGAGAUAAGAAGAGUGAAGUUUUCAGUGACUAUACAAACCCUACAUACACAAAGGUUUUCGGAUCUUACUAAAGUUGAUUUAAGUGUGGACGUGGUUAUAAAUGAGCCUGAGUUGAACGGGUGUUCGCAGCUUGGUUUCUCCAAAUCUUGAGUGCUUGUGCCUGGACUUGCAACCAGAGGAUUUCUACUUGAAGAAGUCUUAUUUAUGUACGCAGAAGAAGAAGAAUACGAUAAGAAGAUACUUUAAGAAAGACUACUACAAAGCGAGAAAGAUACUUGAUCAUAUUUAAGAAAACAAACGAGAUUGUCCUACGUACGUUGUGGAACUUUGGACCUGCGCCAAAUUUCCAAAUUUGUUGAGCGUGAGCAGUUACUAGAAAAAGAAGCAAAAAUUAAGCUGCAAGAGGGUGAAAGUAUGCAGAACGGGAUGGACGUGACGACAACACCGCCUCAGGCAAAUGGGUCAAUCCAUGGGGUCAAUGUAAGCUGCGGGAUGAACAUGUCGGGUUCCGCAGGGUCUCCCAACAAUGGGAGUAACAAUGGUCUGGAGGAGAGCAAGACCAACCUGAUUGUCAACUACCUGCCCCAAACCAUGACACAGGAAGAGAUCCGAUCCCUCUUCUCCUCAAUUGGAGAGGUCGAGUCGUGCAAACUCAUUCGAGACAAGAUCACUGAUAACUCCGGAAGUAAUCAAGAUGCAUCUAUCGUUUCAGGCCAAAGUUUGGGCUACGGAUUUGUCAAUUAUCAUCGGGCAGAGGAUGCUGAAAAAGCCAUCAACACUCUGAACGGCCUCCGACUACAAAACAAGACAAUAAAGGUUUCCUACGCGAGACCGAGUAGUGAGGCGAUAAAAGGAGCAAAUUUAUAUGUGAGUGGGCUACCCAAAAAUUUGACUCAGCAAGAAUUGGAAUCUCUAUUCAACCCCUUUGGACGCAUCAUCACCUCCAGAAUUCUUUGCGAUAACAUCACGGGUAACAGUUUGUCGAAAGGGGUGGGUUUCAUCCGGUUUGACCAACGCGUGGAAGCCGAGCGAGCAAUCCAGGAGCUGAACGGAACCAUUCCAAAGGGGUCAACUGAACCUGUGACGGUCAAAUUUGCAAACAACCCCAGCAACAAUACAAAGGCGCUUCCCCCACUGGCAGCGUACUUGGCGGCUCCGCAGGCUGCAGCUGCCGCGGCGCGACGGUUCGGCGGCCCCAUUCACCACGCCACAGGCCGACUGCGGUACAUUCCUCUUUCUCCACUUUCCAGCACUGGCAAGGCCAGUAUGAUGGCCGUAAACAAAGGGUUGCAGAGGUACUCACCGCUGGCAGGUGACCUGCUUGCCAACACAGUCAUUCCGGGAAACGCAAUGAACGGUGCGGGCUGGUGCAUAUUUGUCUACAACUUGGCACCGGAAACGGAAGAAAACGUGCUGUGGCAGUUGUUUGGACCCUUUGGCGCAGUUCAGAGCGUGAAAGUGAUUCGAGAUUUACAGACGAACAAGUGCAAAGGCUUCGGUUUCGUGACCAUGACCAACUAUGACGAGGCAGUAGUGGCGAUCCAAUCCUUGAAUGGGUACACCCUUGGAAACCGCGUUCUUCAGGUCUCUUUCAAGACUAAUAAGACCAAAACUGCGUAAAUUCACUUUCUCCCAAAAAACAACAUACUGAAAAAAACAAGAACAAUGAAACAACAACCACUACAUACUAAACAAUACCAAAAGUUAUCAUCUCAUUAUCAGUUGUUACUUCUGCUACACUACUACAACUCCUCCUACUCAUUCAGCCCGUUGCCCCACGCCCACCGAACCUCCCACAAAACCACCCCCGUCAUCACUUGAUUGAUAUUCAUUCGUCUGGUCCUGGUCUGGAGUUGAAGGAGCGACAGAGGGAUUUUUACGUAAUAUUUUAAUGUCUACAGUACUUAUUACUUCAUAUUAGCAUAAAUUCAUUAUUAUAAAAACUAGCACGCGGAGACUGUGUGUCCGUCAUUUGAAAAGAGGUCAGUCGGUCGGUUAUUAUAUUGCGAGGUUUUUAUUCAGUCACAAACAGGAAAGAACAUAAUUCGAGUCAGAGAGAUCAUUCUAGUCCGACACCAAACAAACUAAACAAAACAAAGAAAGAAACUACUUAAUUAAUUACAACUCAUAUUAUAGUGUUACUUCAUAAUUAAUUAAUUAUUACAUACUUAUUACAUAUUAUUAGUUACAACUUGAGACGUUUUAGCAACUUAGAUUGCUAAGAUUUCCAAGUUUUGAAAACAUUUAAAGUUUUAAAGUUUUUGGACAUUAAACAGAUUACAAUUUAGUAGUUUCGAAUUAAUUAUUACAGGUUAUAGUUAGAUAAGAUUUACGAGAUAUGGAAAGAGACAAUUUCUUAUGAAAUGGGAUGAAAAUGAGGUGAAAAUGGGUGAAUAUUGAUUGAUUGAACUACUGGCACCAUCUCAUAAAUACUAAAAGUAUAUCUACUACCACGAAACAACCUCGUCGACACGUCGUCAUACAAAAAACACACCCCUCUCACUUUCUCUCUCUCUCUGAGAAAACGAGGGGACAGAUAGCGAAGGAAUAAUGAAAAGAAAAAAGAUAAACAUUCGAAACUCUCCAUCUCUCUUUGAUACUUAAUUAAUAUGCUUCAGUUUUGUUGAAAUAAUAAUUGCUGGAUUAGUUCUUCGAUAAAUAUAGUUGGUUCGUCCGCGUGAGUCAGUUAGUUUAUCUCCAUAUGAGGAUAUGGAGUCUUCUUCUUCAUAAUAGUGUUGACUUAAUUGUUAUUAAAGUUGGUUAUCUUAAAUUAUUGCAUUAUUAUUACACACACAGAGGUGCACAUACGCACCCUGUUAUCUAGUUUAUUUGUCAUCAUACAUAUUAGGUUACCCUCUUGACUAGUUUCUUAAUUGACCAUCAUCAUCUGCUGCUAUUUACAAGGGAUUGCUGAGAGUUGUCACCACCAUCCUUCACUCUCUUGUACAUUAUGAUUAACCCUUAUUAAUUGCGAACUCUCUCCUCCUCCGCUCAUCCUUACACACACAAAAAUAAUAGUUUAGACGACGACGAGGAAGGAAAGCAGACAGGGCAAAGUUUAAGACAAAAUAACUCUUAUGGUCGUAUGUACAUCGUCAAAGGCAUGCAUAUUGUUCUUGCUGCUUUUAACAUCAUGUGCAUAAUUAUUAAGCAUUAUGCAAUUAAAUUACACCAUAAUUUAUACAAAGCUCCUGCUGCUGCUGGUCCUACGAAAUAGAUAAACUUGUUAUUCUCCCACCUGGGACGGAGAGAGGAUUGAAGAAGAGUCGCUAAAAUUUUUGACUUUUAUUGUAAUAAGUGGAUACUAAAACGUGAAAGUUAUUGAGCAGUGUUAGUUGUUCGUGUUUAUAGCUUUAGUUGCAAAGUCUCUCAGUCACAGUUAACGAAACAAGUCACACUCAGUCUCUCAGUGUCAUUUAGUAAUAUUCGUAUUUCAGUGUUAUACCUUUGAGUCUUGGUGUUGAUUGAUUGUUGAUGUUUACCAUUAAUAUUUACCUUCUUGAUAUCUUAACACAGUCACAAACUUAAGUUUAAUAAAGCUAUAGCUAUAUAUAUUAACACGUUACCUAUGUAGUAACCAAGCACACCUCUCAUUUAUUGUUCCCCAUCCCAAGCAAAAGUGUUGCGUCUGUCUUUUUAACCUCUAAACCUCUGUGCGUGCGUGUGUUGUUGCAUCCGUCUUACUUAUUUGUGGGUGCAGUCAUCGUCUUAUUGCUUCAUAUUCACCCAUAACAAAAAUAAUACCACAAACUGGAUUUAAAAAAUGACAUGACAACUUGGACAACCACGAUAUGCAUUUUACAGCUCAGGCUCAGAGUCACAUUUUCAUCAUUUUGAUUUUCAAAUCAAAACAUUAUUGUCCUAAACCGGGAUGAUGCGACAGGCAUGCUUUGUGUACGUACACGUACGCGUUGCUUAUCCGGAGCAUGGAACCAAUUACCCUGAGGAGCAUCAUCUGAACUGAAAUUAGAUCCAAGAAGGUACCACUACUACGUCUACUACUAAUACUUAUGUACGAGUACUACUUUUAAACGUUGAUAUAGGUAAGUCAGAUUAAUGUAUGUUAAGCCUCGAUACCACAGGUAAGAAGGAUAUGAGAAUCUAUUACGCAAAUUCUAGUCAGUAUAUGCACAGGUUCGCGACAUUCUAUUUCCAAAAAAACAUGUUCUCUGAAUCCUCCUCUUAUUUUGAAAACUCUCUCUCAGGACAUUACAAACUCCUCGAAAGAGCUGUUUUACCUCACCACUUUUUCUGCAAUUUAUUUUCCAAGAAUGUGACGACUCGGUGUUAUUAAAUUUCAAGAGAGAGAAAGUAUUAGUUUAAAACAAAGUGAUUCAGUGAAAGGCAACCACGAUACUCGAUAUAUGAUCUCCUAACUGCAACUAAAACAUAUCGCUCUGCUGCUCUGAGGGGAAAUUGGUUCCAUUUUCCUGCGGGGAAGUUGACGAAUAAUAUGAGAGGGAUACUUUCAAAAAAUUGGAGUUAUCCAUCACAUGAGACACACUGUUUAUGUACAUAAUUGUGUAGAAAUGCCUGCAGGGAAGUGAUGCGAGAUUGUCAUUUCUUUGUUCGUUCGUACAUACAUUCGUUCACUCAUUACUUCAAAAAUAUGAUGAUGACUGGGAUGAUUUGUCAUAAAACAACAACAUGCACCAUCACACCACAACCGUUACAAUGUACCACAGCCACCUUCAAUUUCUAAUCACUGGCAUAGGACAAAAGUUGUUGAAAAAUAUAAAAUCAGUAAUCAAUCGGCCGUCAGACAGACUCCUGAAAUGACAGACUGAAAAAGAGAGAAUAUAAAUCUAAUUACCGAUUCCAGCUCUACAUAUAGCCGUACAUACAAAGUAUAAAUUAUUGUUGUGCUUGUUGAGAAUCGUACUACUUACAUAAAUAUGUAUAUGCAGCUCGGUGUUAAAAAAUCUAUAAGAAAAAAAUCGGGUUCUUAUUUACUUAAAUUCAACCUCAUUUCGAGGCAGUUAAUUAAAUUAGGAGGAAAUUAUUAAAAUCAACUAAAGCAACUACUUACUUAGCAGCCCGGGAUACAUUUUAUAUGAAAUGUACAUACAUAUGAUUCUAUAAAAUCAGCAAUUAUAUAGCAAAAGAGCAAUCAAAACUCAAGGGCGAUGGGGUUAAAUAUAGGCGAGGACCGUUGUUGUGCAUGGGUAACGAUGAAGAUGAUGAAUGUAGUUCAGGUCUGGACACGAAUAUAAUAAUAUCUCCUAAAAAAGUUUCACAAAGACUCUUUGCCAACAGCUAGCAUUUGUAUUUUUGCAAGAAAUAAGAAAUUACAGGAGAAGUACUUUUAGAAUAUCGUAAAUUUAGAUCUAUUUGAAGAGGUGAAUGACGAUUAUAUAAAUCCACGAGAAAAAAAUUUGACAGCAUAAAAAAAAACUUUUCACAAAAAGUUAUAUUCAAUACUGGAUUGCGUUGCUGUGUGUGGGAAACAUAUUUCCAAUUGAAAGAUGGUGAUGAUGAUGGCUGCUGAAUUCUCAAAAGUUGGUCUACCCCGUGGCUAUAUUAUUAAAAAAUGAGUAGAGCUCUUCAAUUUCUCUCCACCUCUUUCUCUCCUCCGUAAUAAUGCACUUACUUACGUAUCUACGUACACUUACGCCGCACAGUCAGUAGUGAUUACAUAAUCAAGGUAUAAUAUUUCUCAGCAAUUUCCAUUCCUCCUCCAAAAAGUUGUUGUUCCUCUCUCUCUCUCUCUCUUUCUCUCUUUUAAAUUAUGCAUAUGUGGACAUUUGAACUCUGUGUGCGUCUCUUCUUCGUAGCGUUGUUGUUGUUGCAUACAAGUACAUUGAUAUAUUUACGCCGCUGUUGUUGGUCAAAUGGAUACAUACUUUACUAAGCAGACAAAGUAGGUGGGAGAGUGAGUUAGUGAAAGUCAAAAGGAUAUGAAGAGGCCACGUGUUACUAAAUGUAUAUGUAUGUCGUCUCCCUUUAGUUAGUUAGUUCUUGAGUCAGGUCUCGUUACAUUAUUAUAUCAUCAAUUUAAUUACUUAUGAUAACUUCACUUUUAGCUAGGUUCAAAAAAUAAUAAUUCUUGUUUAAGAGUUAACCAUACAAAAAAAUGUUGAGAAAGUCAAGCACUUUUCUGGUAGUAUUUAAAUAUGACGAAAAAAAUGCAAUCGGAUGAUGACACUGACACGACAGACUCUCCAUUGUUUAAAAAAAGCAGAACAUACUUAAUACACAGACAACAUGGUCGUGGACAACUCUGGAAAAAUAAUGUCUCAUUAGAUUCCGUAAAAAGUUGUUAAUAUGUGAGCGUCUCUCUCUCUCUCUCUCUCUUUUUCUCUCCUAUCCUAUCAUUAUUGUGAGUAGAUCUGUGUUUAACCAUUGUGCGCAAUUGUUGGCAUAUUAGUUUUUGCUGUUAAGUGGUGUAAUUAAUUACUUACGUAUCUAAUUAAUUGGUGUUGAUUAUAGUCACAAAUACACUCUCUGUUUAGCUUUAAUCUCUCAUUACCCAACAAUUUUAUGAAGGAUUUAUUUUCCGGAUUCUUUGGUGUGUUAUCUAACCUUUGUUGUUACUAUUGAUUUCAAAUUUGUCUUUGUGCUUUGAUUGAUUGGAAUUAUUAAUAUUGGUUUGAUUUAUUAAAUACGAAAUUUCAGAUUGUUAAUUUCUUGAUUUUAUAAUUAUAAUUAAUCCGUCACUGUCAUUGAAUUAAAAUACUGCUAUCUGUUGAACUUGGUUUAUGUGUUGACUUAUUUUUUGCGUGGUUUUUACUUAUUUCUCACCCGACCAACUCCGAUUUAAUUUCCAUGUUUUCACAUUUUCAAUAUAACAAAUAAUCCAUCUGUACUACUCAACCUACCUCGUCUCAAAAAAACCCUCUGGAUCUGGACAUUGACACACAGGUUAUACUCAUUAAUCAUUAUUAAUAUUAUCAUUACUAGUGAACUACUACUCUAUAUUUAUGUAUAUGUGUGGCAAUACUACUUAUUGCGGUCGUUAUAUAUUCGAAUAAUUCCCUCAGAAAUGUUCUUCUUUGUCUGGGCGACGAGUUUACAAACUAUUAUUCUUAAUAGAUCGUAGCAUAUUCCCCGAGUUGCUACCUUCCAGCUUUACUUUUGUGAGUCGUAAACAACUUCCCUUUUCUAAACUCUCCAGAUAUUCGAAGCUACUGUUUUUCCGCAGCGGUAGUUUCCUAGAAGUAAAUAAUAGUUUACUAUUUUGCUAAUUAAAACGAUAAGUUUGUUGAUUGUAGUUGUUGUUGUUGUUGAGGAGCCGCUUUUUGGUGUAAAUUUGAAUUACUUACUUGACUAGAUUGGAGUCAUACAUAUUAGCUGAUAAUUGUAUACUCAACUACAAAUCGUUGACAUGUUCUCUUUGUGCUUGUUUUCAAAGAACAAUUUAAAUUUCACCAUUCAGAGUAGGCCUUUUACUACUAAUUGUUGCUGCUAAAAUAGAUUUAAUAGUGCGUCGGACUCAAUCCUUGUUAGAAAUCUGCAGGCAAAUAAUAAAAUAUGACAGACAGAAGAAUAAUAUUCUCUAAAAAAUGAGGCUUUAUCCCAAUGAUAAAUUUAUCAUCUUCUAAUUCCAAACCGAGUGAAACAAUCCAUCACCAAAUACAAACAGACGAGACUCUAUCGAUGGGAUAUGAAGCUAAGGCUACAAUAAAAGAAAGCAUGAUUUUUACCUAAAUCUGAAAUUGUAAUUUAUAAAAUUAACGGCAUUAAAAUCAAAAAAUGUGAAAAUUAA